AUGCACCAGCGGCAGCAGCAGCAGCGGGGGCCCUCUGCUGCAAUACAGGUUGCGGCGAACACAGCAGCACUAGCCAGCAGCAGCAGCAGCAAUCACUCGCUUGAUGGAGAGCCUCUCUCGGGCCCGCUGCAGCCCCUGAGGGGGAUGGUGCUGCUGCAGAAGGUUGGGGUGGAGCAGAAGACAAAAGGAGGGCUGCUGCUGCCCACAGACGCUCGUCAGGAGAAGGCCCUUGGCCGCGUCAUCGCCACGGGCCCUGGACAGCUGGAUUCGGAAACAGGCAAGCGGAUCACCUGUGAAGUCAAGGAAGGAGACGUCGUGGUGUAUACAAAACACACGGGAGAGACGCUGAAGUAUGACGGGGCUGACUGCGUGCUGCUUUCCAGCGAAGAGCUGCUGGCGAAGGUGGCGGACCCUGAGGCGCUGCAGCCUUCAGAUGUACAGCCACUUGGAGACACAGUGUUUGUACGCGUCUUGAAGCCGUCGGAUAAGAGCGCUGGGGGGUUGCUGCUGGUGCCGCAGCAGCAGCAGCGGCUGCUGCAGCAAGCUGAGGUUGUGGCAGUCGGUAGCGGCAAGAUGACUCCGCAGCAGACAAGGAUGCCUGUUGAGGUUUCUGUUGGAGACAAAGUAGUUUAUUCGAGUUAUCUGGAGGAGUCGUCGCAGCUGAAGAUAGGAGAGCAAAUUUAUGCCUUCGUGCGGGCCUCUGAUAUUGCUGCAAAGUGGUAG